AUGUCGAUCGACGGUAUUAUUUACGAUCCGAAUGAUCCUGAAUUAAAAGAGUCGAUGAAAUAUUUGUCUCUUCCAACUGAAGAACGUAUUAAACUUCAAGCUCAAGCAUUCGAUGGUAAAAAGCAAUGUUGGGUGCCAAAUGCAAAAGAAUCCUUUGUUGAAGCUGAAAUUACUGGUACAAAAGGUGAAGAAGUAACAGUUAAAACAUCGAAAGGAGAGAGUUUAACAUUAAAAAAAGAUGAUGUUCAACAAAUGAAUCCACCGAAAUUUACUUGUUGCGAUGAUAUGGCUAAUUUAACUUAUUUAAAUGAUGCUUCAGUUUUACAUAAUUUACGUGAUCGUUAUGAACGAUGGCUUAUUUAUACACUUCUUCUCUACAUUUCGGAAUCGUAUGUCCAAAGUACUCAAUGCCAAAGGGAAGCCCAAUAUGCUUUCGAAAAACAAUGUCGUAUUAUUCCACUUAUUUUCAAAUCUUCCUAUCAAUCAGCUCAAUGGCUUGGAACAAUUCUUAAUGGUACAACAUGUAUAGAUUUCAGAAAGUUGGACUUUGAAUAUGCUUAUGAAAAGCUCAAAGUGGAGAUCAUCCAACACAAAAGUCAGUUUAGAACAAAUCUUGAUCAGUCUGUCGAAGAAACUCAAUAUGAAAAAACAGAACUUGUAGCUUUGCCAGACUCAAUUCCAAUGGAACAGCAAUCAUUUUCAACAACUCAAAUCUGUCCUGUGAGUACAUAUGCAGUCCUCGGCGCGCUCGACGAUUUUAAUUUGCUACAACCACUGCCUGUUAUAGAAGAAACAUUCAUUUUGAUAUGGUUCGAUCCAAAUAUUGAAAAUAUGCAUCGUAUGUCAAGUACAUUUUCUCAAAACGUUCACGAUCUUAUUCGAUAUUAUACUGACUUCAAGGAAUGUAUUAAUGUUAUAAAAUCGAUUGUUACAAGUAAAAUCGUACUUGUGACAGCAACCGAAGUAGCAAAAGAUCUUCUUCCCAACAUUGUUAAACUUCGUUCUGUUGACUCUGUUAUCCUCUACUCUACUAACAGCGCAGAUGACCAGUUCAACGCAGAUGAUUAUUCGAAGGUUGUUGGUGGAGUUAGCAAUAUCAACGAAAUUCGAUUCAGACUCGCAAAUGUUGUCGAGCGCCUUGACGAACAUUUACGGAUGCGGCGUUCCUUCCGUAUAUGUAAAUCUAAAACGGAUAUCGUUUAUGAAUUUGGUGACUUCCUGUGGUUGAAUUUUUUAAUUGAAGCUACUAAAAUACUAGGUUGUGGCGAUGGCGAAAUCAAUCAAUUUUCUAAUAAAGGCGAACUUGUUCGCAUCGCUCGGAUCUAUUAUCGUGGUGACUGCAGCACUUUAAAAAAAAUUGAUCAAUUCGAUAUGAACUACCAAUCUCAGUGCGCUCUUCAAUCAUAUACAGCAGUGAGUUUUCCAUUCAAACUAUUGAAUAAAGCACUUCGUACUGAGAAUUGGGAUCUGUUAAUGCCCUUUCUGUUCUUCAUCGUCGAUAUAAAUAAUUGUCUUGCUCUUGAACAUGACAACUUAAAUGAUGAAGGAACGAAUAUUCUUCAUCGAGGAAUGAGAAUGUCACUCGAAGAAUUCGAAAAGUUAGAAAAAACGAAAGGUGAACUCAUUUCAAUGAAUGGUUUUCUUUCUACCAGUCGCUCAAGACAUGUGGCUGAAUUUUUCUCCGGAUCUGCGAAAGACGACCCUGGCACGGUAGCGAUUAUUUUUCAAAUCGAAUGCGACACUGUUAUCUUAGAUAACAAUCUUGUUUUUGCUGAUAUAUCCAAAUACAGUGAUAUUCCCGACGAAGAGGAAGUAUUAAUUAGUAUUGGUGCAGUAUUUCGAAUAAGAAACAUUAAACAAGAUUUAGAUGGAAGAUGGGUGAUAGACAUGAUGGGCUCAAGCGAAAUCAAACCUCAAGAAUUUGCUGCAUCUGGCGCGUGCGAGCAAUUUCAAUGUGGAGGUCGACCUUGCGCUAAGUGCCACAAAUGUCGUGACUGGCAUUUCAGUGGCGACCAAGACUCGUGGAACUGGGUCUGCAAUCACAAAAAUUGGAACGAUGUGGAUUGGCGUCGUUGGUACAAUGACCGUGAGUAUAAGUUUUUUACGAAACGUGGUGGUGCAACCUGUUCGCUCGGUGAUUUUCAUGGUGGUCUUCUUCUUGGUCUUUAUGAUGGUGAUGGUGGUUUUGGUCUUCUCCUUGGUCUCCACCUAUGUCUCUGUCUCGAAGCAAUUGAUAUUGAACGUUUUGGACGAUCAAUUAUAAUUAUAUGUAAAAUAUCAACUAAUGGUAGCAGUUAUAAUUUAAUCAAAAAUGAAUAUGAAAAAAAAGAAAUUCAAGCACAAUUAAAAUUUGCUGUAUUAGUACGUAAUGCAAAACCAGAUGCUGAUAAUCUUCAAGGACAACUUGAAUGGACUGAAAUGUUUAAUCUUGAAAAAACAUUAGCUGAGACUGAACAAAAACUUCUUAAUAAUCGAUAUACUGUUGAAGAAUAUAUGAAAAAACGUGAUGCAUCAAUUAAAGAUAUUAAAAAUGAAAAGACUAAACGUGAUGAAUUACUUCGUAAAGCACAAGAAGUUACAAAUAAUAUAAUUGAAGACAAGCGUAUUCACGAUGAUCUUGAACGACGAAUGAAAUUAAUUAAUAAAGAACGAAGAGAUUUAUUAAAUGAAAAAAAACUUCAAAAUAUUAUUGAUGAAAUGCGUCGCAAAGCAACAGGUAAUAACGAUUAUGACAGAGUUCGUCAACGUAUGGAAGAAUUACAAAUUUCAAUUGCUGAACAACGACAAAUAUUGUCAACGAAAGAAAAUGAAUAA